GACAGCAGGACGUACCCAUCGUUGCAUAAACUUUACUUCACGGGGAACGACUAUCCCUCUAGCUCUGGCAUUUGUGGCUUGCGGUGACAGCACGCGUUCGCGUCAAUCUAUCUGAGUUGGUAUUGUUGUGUUGUCAACAGUGGCGGACUUUGCUGUGCCCUGCUUGUAUAGUAUAAAAAGCAGCCAGGAAUCCGGCGUCGAGGCCAAUUUCUGGCUCAAGUUUUGAACGCCAUGGGUAGGAUUUUUGCUGCUCCUCUAGCUCUCUGUUGGCUGGCCGCAGUGUGUGUCUUAGUGACGAGUGCUUUGGCCUUUGCGCAUGACACCGAAACUCUGGACCUUACUGACCCAAGCUGGUUGAGCAAAAAAGCAGAAGAGGUCCAUCGUCAAGACGAGCAGGCCCCAGCUGGUGGCAGGGCUGAAGGCCAGCAGCGGGUCGAUGCCGCGCCGCGGUUACCCAGCCCCGACGUGCCCCAUGUGCGGCAGCGUAGGGAUCAUGGCAGCAGAUAUCGCAGACAGUCGGUGUCAGCCACAGCUAGCCAGGAGGCUGAUCGUUACUAUACAUCAGCUGUAGACUACAUGGAUAACAGUAUGCCACCAGACCUGCAGAAUGCUACUAGGAGCAUCCUGUUCCAUGGGGACAGCACAGCAACGGAGGCACAGAUACAUGUGCAACUGCCAUUCAACUUUUCCUUCUUUGGACACUUUCAUGAGCAUGUGUUUGUUUCGACCUACGGCUUCAUCUUUGCGCACCCACUCCCGAGUGCCUGCCCACCGUACGCCUGCCGACUGGUGCACAUGGUGGAGACAAGCUACGUUGCGCCGCUCAUCGGCGUCUGGGCCGGCCUGGCCAAUAACAACAGCCAGCUAGUGCAGUACACGGCAGAGGACGAGACGUUUGUGCACUUUGUGUGGUCUGUGCGUCUCCUGAGUGGUCUGUGCGUUACAGAUUUCCGUGGAGUGAGAACGUGUGGUACACGCCAGGGCACGGAAACACAAUUCUCAGCAACUCUCUAUAACGACGGCGCCAUUGAGUUCCGCUACGACAAACUGGGUGCGAGGUCUGCUUACGACAAAUUCAAUUUCCACAGUGCCAGCUAUGGUGGCACGAUUGGCCUGCGCGACUCCAGUAUCCACGAUCAUACGGCUUAUUAUGUGGAUCACCGCUAUGUGCGUUAUGCCGACGCUAACAUUUCAACAGUGUUCAAUAGCAGUUUUAGCCCGAAGAGCAUCACGUUUACGCCUCGAACGACGCCUGUGUGCUUUACGGCGUUGGACGAAACGGAGUGCAAAGCACGCUCAUCGUCGCUGGCAUGUUUCUGGUGCCCGUUGCCACCCGGGUACGAUCUGAAGACUCGGCCAUUUUGCACCGACGGGGGACAUGACCGCAACUACUUGCACUACCGAGCGGUUGGCUGCUCAAACACAACGGACGGCGCAGUGCUGAGCUUUGCCAAUGACACGGUACUGAGGCACACAUACUACACGGCGAGCAUGUCCACUGCUGGGCUCCGCCUUCCUGAUCUGCGCAAUGCCAGCCUUGUCCAAAAGCGCCUGUCGUCGGCCUUUCGUUACUUCGCAACUUCCGUGUCGCUGCCAUUCGACUUUCCCUACUACGGACACCGGGUCCGCCACAUUACCGUUAUGUCACUCGGCUUCAUACACAUGCACAUGUGGCGCUGCCAUACGUGCUACGUGAGCGAUCACUUCCAAGCCAGCCAUGUCUCGCCAAUGUACCACCCCUGGUUCUUUGUGAAGGACCCGGUUGGCGUGGAUCAUGGCGGCAUCGACAUCUUUCAGGACAAGAACAAAAGAUUUGUGCACGUCGUCUGGACAAAUGCCGUCCGAGAGAUGAUCGCCAUCCACUGCAAUUAUCUGAACUGUUUCUUUUGCGCCUGCCCAGAUUUCAACUCGCCAAGGGUAACUUUCUCAGCGACCCUUUUUAGUGAUGGCCGCAUUAUAUACAACUAUCAGAAGCUGACAGAUCGCAGUACGUUCCCCCUCAGUUCUAACUUCAGAAUCGGCCUUGGAGAGUCGAUUGUGGCAGAACCGAUACACGACCCGGAGGAUCCCUGGCACUUUGUACACUACUCGCCAGUCAGUAUCUCUGAUCGCACUGCCUUUAGCGGCCAAGCCAAGGUGAAGAGCAUCGUGUUCACGCCUGUCGCCAACGCCACUUGCAACUCGGCCGCGACGUUUGCCGAAUGCUCUGCAGCCCAGCGCGCUCUCGGCUGUUUAUGGUGUCGCGUCACCCCAUCGGCCACGUUUCAGUUGCGACACACGUCGUUUUGCACGGACGGUUAUAAGAACGGUAGCUCCAUCACGGGCCAGCACGUCACGUGCACUCCGGUACACCUACCACCUACAGCAGCAGCACCCCCGUCACAGACAAUGCCAUUGGUCAGCAAAGACAAGAUGCAGACGAUGCCGUCAGUAGGCGAAGGCAAGACACAGCCUCUGCCAUCGUAUUCCAGCGGUCAGCGUCCAACGCGUCCUAUCGGUGCCACUGCUCACGCGAAUGCUUCCCAUAGCGAUUCGCCGAGUGCUACAACCCGCGCUCCUGUGACGGACGCUACGGAAACUGGCACCAACGGCGUGUCCGGUACUGGAGGUAGCAAGAACGAACCCAAUGGUGUGCCGAAAGCGUCCAGCAACUCCAGCGUGGGCAUUGGCGUUGGUGUCACGAUUGCAUUGGUCUUUGUCAUGGUAUCAGCGGCUUUGUUGGCACGGCGACACAAACCCACCAUCAGAGAUGGCGGCUUUGCUAAAUUCACUAACGAACGAUAGUGUAUGCAGAGGGAACCUGCUUUGCUAUGCGUUCAUUUAUUAAUGUAGUGCAGCUGCCAGGACUAUUUCUCGGUGUAGGUGUGCGUGCGUGUGUGUUUGUGUCUGCAGGUAUGUGUGUGUGUGCGUGUGUGUUUGUGUGUGUGUUUGUGUGUCUGCAUGUGUGUUUGUGUGUCUGUACAUUUGUGUGCGUCUGUGCAUGUGUGUGUGCCUGUGCAUGUGUGUGUGUCUGUGCGAGCGGGUCCGCCUUUCUUUGUACCCUUCAGCAUCUUCUUAGUAUGUUGGCAUUGCAAUUAGCUGCUGACAAUUACAUAAUGUUAAUAUUCUAAAGUCAGAUUCAAUUAUUUUAAAUUAUUUAGUGCACUGCUUUCAGCUUGAUUCAUUUUGAUGUCGAGCUAACCCAUAUUAUGCCGUUUGUUUUGGCAUUAAUAAUAAUAAUAAUAAUAGCACAUUUCGCGUAGUAGAGCACUAAUUUAAUAAAGAAAUUCAGUGUUUUGGCAUUACCUUUAUUUUUUAUUUUUUCACUUUUCUGCUAACAAAGCUGUGUAUUUCUGAAGCUUGUGCCGAUAUUGCCACACGAUUUCCUGUGGGAAUUACAGAUUGAAACAAGCUGACCCUCCAGCCCUUGUACAAGGUCCAUCGUAAUUGAAAUUUUACAUCUCUGGUCUAAAUUCUUUUAAAACCUUCUGCAGCACUCGCCUGAUACACAUGUUUUUAUUUUUCUCUUGGAAAUGUUAUCAAAAA